AAGAAGCCGCGUAGGAGCUAGAGGCGCCUUAGUCCACGUGCGUGGGUGUGUCUCUAACCCUGCGUCCUCCUUGCCCCUGGAUGCGAGAGGCUAGCCAGCGCCCCACAUCUGCGCGCUGUGUGAGAAGGGCAGGGCUGACACCACUUCCUCCCCCUGCCGCAGACCCGAGCCCGGGCGCUACAGAGUGCACAGCGUCGCCUUCCCGGCCGCCGCCCCGACGCCGGCCGAUCCCCGCCGCGCCCGCAAGUCCCCGCCGAGACCCCACCAAGUCCCCGCGCCGCCGUGCACAGCCGUCGAGAUGGGUGAGUCAAACGAAGAUAUAGACCAAAUGUUCAGCAAUUUGCUGGGAGAGAUGGAUCUUCUGACCCAGAGUUUAGGAGUGGACACUCUCCCUCUUCCAGAACCUAAGCCCAGAGCUGAAUUUAACUAUAGUGUGGGUUUUAAGGAUUUAAACGAGUCCUUAAAUGCACUGGAAGACCAAGAUUUAGAUGCUCUCAUGGCGGAUCUGGUCGCAGACAUAAGUGAAGCUGAGCAGAGGACAAUCCAGGCGCAGAAAGAGUCCUCUCAGAAUCGACCUCACUCAGCAUCUCUGGACGUACUGAGUUUCAGUGGUGCAGCUUCUCUUGGGUACAGGGCAGAUGCUGCAGCCAGUUUUGGCCAGUAUGAAGAUGACUUGCCACCUCCACCAGCUGAUCCCAUGCUUGACCUUCCUCUGCCACCACCACCGCCUGAACCUCUCUCUCAGGAAGAAAAAGAAUCCCAAGCCAAGGCUGAUAAAAUUAAGCUGGCACUGGAAAAACUGAAGGAGGCCAAGGUUAAGAAGCUCGUUGUCAAGGUACACAUGAACGAUAACAGCACAAAGUCGCUGAUGGUGGAUGAGCGGCAAUUAGCCCGAGAUGUCCUAGACAACCUUUUUGAGAAAACCCACUGCGACUGCAACGUGGAUUGGUGCCUUUAUGAAAUAUACCCAGAACUACAGAUCGAAAGGUUUUUUGAAGACCAUGAAAAUGUUGUUGAAGUCUUAUCAAACUGGACAAGAGACACAGAAAAUAAAGUGCUAUUUUUGGAAAAAGAGGAAAAAUAUGCUGUAUUUAAAAACCCCCAGAACUUUUACUUAGACAACAAAGGGAAGAAAGAAAGCAAGGAGACAAAUGAGAGAAUGAACGCGAAGAACAAGGAAUCUUUACUGGAGGAGAGUUUCUGUGGAACAUCCAUCAUUGUGCCAGAACUGGAAGGCGCUCUUUAUUUGAAAGAAGACGGGAAGAAAUCGUGGAAAAGGCGCUAUUUUCUUUUACGAGCUUCUGGAAUCUAUUAUGUCCCCAAAGGAAAAACAAAGACAUCUCGGGAUCUGGCAUGUUUUAUACAGUUUGAAAACGUCAAUAUCUACUAUGGGAUUCAGUGUAAAAUGAAAUACAAAGCACCCACUGACUACUGCUUUGUUUUAAAGCAUCCCCAGAUUCAGAAGGAGUCCCAGUAUAUCAGGUAUCUCUGCUGUGAUGACGCGAGGACGCUGAAUCAGUGGGUCAUGGGCAUCAGGAUCGCCAAGUAUGGAAAGACGCUCUAUGAUAACUAUCAGAAGGCCAUGGCAAGGGCAGGGCUGGCCUCUCGGUGGACCAACCUGGGCACUGUCAACGCAGCCGCACCAGCCCCACCUUCCACAGGACUUCAAACAAGCACCACUCAGGCCAAUGGUCAGAUCCCCCAGGCGGCACCUUCUCUGACUACUGUUCUUGGAGAAGCCCAGAGACAUGUUGAAACUACCAAGGACAAGAAACCAGUCCUCGGCAGCCACGACCCGGGAGCGCCCAGGGCCCAGCCGAAGUCCCUCCUGCCUCCCCCACCUCCCAUGAGACGGUCCUCGGACGUGGGCGGCAGCCCCAGGACGCCCCCCAAGGCCAUGGGCGCCGCCGCUACUAGCUUCCCCAUCCCGCCCGACGACCUCCUGCCGCCACCCCCACCCCCACCGCCGCCCCUGGAGGACGACGAGCUCCCUCCGCCACCCCCUGAUUUUAACGACGCUCCCCCAGACUUCGUGCCUCCCCCACCACCAUCGAUUGCGGGCGAUGCUGGGUUCUCCUUGCCGCCCCCGCCGCCGCCCCCGCCCACCCUCGCCCCCGAAGCCGCGAAGCAGUCCCCGGUGGUCUCCAAAAGGCCUCCAGUUGCCCCCAAGAGGCGGGAGAACCCUGGACCACCCGGCGGGGAAGGCGGGGAGCAAGAUUUCAUGUCGGAUCUCAUGAAAGCUUUGCAAAAGAAGAGAGGCAACGUGGCCUAAGGGAAACUUAGAAAUAUCUUUGGGUGAUGGGUAUAGUCGUUGCUAACAUCAAGUGCAUUUUUGCUCCUUUUAUUUUCAUGACAUCUUGUUCAUUUUAGAUACAAUAUUGAUGUAUUCAGCCUAGAAAUAAAGCAAAACGUCUUCCUGUUGCUCAAGUACAUUCGUAAUCCUUAACACAGAAUCUAGAAUAUCCACCUAAAUGUACAUAUCUUUUCUAUGUAUUUCCACUUCAGUGGCUGUUCUCUUACAUGUUAACUAAAAUGUUUUAUGUUCUUAAUUUUAUUGUUCUGAAGCAUCAAAUUAAUAAAAGUUUAAAAAACAUUUUC